AAUAAUAUCCUUGUUUUAAUUUGUUUGUAUUUUUUUUAAAUGGCUGGUAUUAACAGGCCUAUGAGCCAAAUGCGGAAGAUUGAAACAAAAGAAGCCAUUUUCCGUGUCCGCAAGAGAAUCCUGAAGUACCUGGUCCACGCGUUCUUACGACAAGAAGGCUUCCUCACGACUGCUGACAGCCUGGUCACUGAGGCUGGGCUGACGGGAGAAUAUGAAGUCUGCGAUAAUAUUGACCUGGACAUAAUACUACAGGACUACUGCAGCUACUACCUGAUGCGGUUCAACAAGCAGCCGCAGUUCUGCCGGCAGGUGCCCGCGCCGCGCCGGCCUCCGCCCUCGCGCCGCGCCAGGACUGAGCUGGUGGGGGCUGAGGACGGGGUGAGGGAGGCGCCGGGGGGAGAGGCGCCGGGGUUGCCGCAAGCGGUGCUGGUCACGAGGCUUGGACAGGAAGAAGAAGCACCCUCUACAACACCAGCGACAGACCGCAAGCCACUCUCCCAGUUCCUGUCAUCCCUGCCCCGGGAGAGCAAGGAGCUGGCGGUCAUGCUGUCCAGACACAUCGUGAGGCCGAGCGGCGUGAGCUGGAGCGAUGUGAAGGGACUCGACGAAGCUAAGAGUCUGCUGAUGGAGACUGUGGUGUAUCCUGUUAAAUACCCGUCCCUGUUCACGGGCCUGCUCUCGCCAUGGCGCGGGGUGCUGCUCCACGGGCCCCCCGGCACCGGCAAGACCAUGCUGGCUCGAGCUGCGGCCGCUGAGAGCUGCUGCACCUUCUUCAACGUGUGUUGCAGCAGCGUUGUGAACAAGUGGCGGGGGGAGUCUGAGAAGAUUGUGCAGAUCCUCUUCGAGCUAGCAGCCUACUACUCCCCGUCCAUCAUCUUCAUAGACGAGGUGGAGACGCUCGCCUCCGAGCGGUCUGGAGCCGGCGAGCACGAGGCCUCGCGCCGACUGAAGUCUCAGCUUCUGACGGAGCUGGACGGAGCGGCCGACAGGCAGGGGACGGUGUUGCUGCUGGCCAACUCCAAUAUGCCUUGGGAAAUCGACCCAGCAAUGCUGCGGAGGCUAGAGAAGCGGAUCUACAUUCCUCUCCCGGACGCCAACACUCGCGCUCAGCUGUUCGAGACGUUUCUUACAUCGAAGAGCAUCGAGGUACCCAAGUUGAACUACCAAGACCUGGCCAGAAGGACGGAAGGGUACUCGGGAAGUGAUAUUAAACUGGUCUGCAAGGAGGCGCUCAUGGCUAAUGUCAGGAAGAUGCUUCCGUGUGCUACGGGCAAAGCGAGCCAACAACACCGUAAAGACAAAGACAAGCUCAGCUUGUCGGAUGUGCUGACGGCCAUCGACAAAACCAAACCCGUCUCCAGGAACCUGGCGCAGAGACACCAGGAGUGGCAGAAACAGAUGGGCUGCUCUUAAUAUAUCUUCUUACUUUAUUUAUUAUAGUAAACUAGCUG